UCGUGCUGUUCGACGAAGAAGUUUUCUAAAGAUGCCACCGAAGGCUAGCGGCAAAGCAGUAAAGAAAGCCGGCAAGGCUCAGAAGAAUAUAAGCAAGGCUGACAAGAAGAAGAAAAGGAAGAGGAAGGAGAGUUAUGCAAUUUACAUCUAUAAAGUAUUGAAACAAGUUCAUCCUGAUACUGGAAUCUCCAGCAAGGCUAUGAGCAUCAUGAACAGUUUCGUUAAUGAUGUUUUCGAGCGCAUUGCGGCUGAAGCAUCACGACUGGCUCAUUACAACAAACGAUCCACUAUCACGUCUCGGGAGAUUCAAACUGCUGUAAGACUUCUCCUUCCUGGUGAAUUGGCGAAACACGCAGUCAGCGAAGGCACGAAGGCAGUAACUAAGUACACAAGUUCAAAGUGAACAAGUUAUGACAAAACGGCCCUUUUCAGGGCCACUAAUUAUAUUCGAACGUUUGUGACAUUCUUAUUGCAAUAAAAUUCUAGUUAGGUUGUAUUACUGAAUACAAAGUGAGCUAUGUCUAAUUUUUGCU